AUGUGUGAGAAGGACACAGCAAAAGAGAUGGUGGAACUGCAGGAAAACCCUGGGUUCCUUCUCGUCAAUUUCAUUGCGCUGGUCCCGGGAGAGUUCUUCGUGCGCCAGGAGGGAGACUUCACAGGGUGCUCCGCGUCUCAUGGGAGGACACAGGAGUACGCCGCUCCGGAGGUGCUGCCUGGUCGCCAUGGUCAAAAAGCCCUUUCGCUCGGAGUCCCGCUGCGGCUUCUUCGGGACCAUCAUACGUCUCAGAGGCCCCGUCGAUGA